CGAAGAUCAAGAUCGGAAAGUACCAUUAAUGAUCUCAACCACCGGUGAAGAAGAAUCUAACUCCUCUUCCUCCUCCACAACAGAUUCUGCAGCAGGAGAUGCUUUCAUCACUUUUGGAAUUCUCAAACGCGACGAUGACGUUGUUCCUCCUCCUCCUCCUCAUAAAGAAACAGGAGAUCUCUUUCCGGUGGUGGCUGAUGCUCGUCGGAAUAUUGAGUUCUCCGUGGAAGACAGUCACUGGUUGAAUCUUUCUUCUUUACAAAGAAAUACACAGAAAAUGGUGAAGAAGAGCAGAAGAGGACCAAGGUCUCGAAGCUCCCAAUAUCGUGGCGUCACUUUUUACCGUCGCACCGGUCGUUGGGAAUCUCAUAUUUGGGAUUGUGGAAAGCAAGUUUAUUUGGGCGGGUUUGAUACUGCUUACGCAGCAGCAAGGGCGUACGACCGAGCUGCUAUCAAAUUCCGUGGUCUCGAUGCAGACAUCAAUUUCGUCGUGGAUGAUUAUAGGCAUGACAUCGAUAAGAUGAAGAAUUUAAAUAAGGUGGAGUUCGUGCAAACACUUAGGCGAGAGAGUGCGAGUUUCGGAAGAGGAAGUUCCAAAUACAAAGGCUUGGCUCUUCAAAAAUGCACUCAAUUCAAAACUCAUGAUCAGAUUCAUCUCUUCCAAAACAGGGGAUGGGAUGCAACAGCAAUAAAAUACAAUGAGUUGGGAAAGGGAGAAGGAGCCAUGAAGUUUGGUGCCCAUAUCAAAGGAAAUGCUCACAGUGAUCUUGAACUAAGUCUUGGAAUUUCUUCAUCAUCGGAAAAUAUUAAGUUGACAACGGGAGAUUACUACAAGGGUAUCAAUCGGUCCACGAUGGGUUUAUACGGUAAGCAAUCAUCGAUAUAUUUACCUAUGGCGACAAUGAAACCUCUGAAGACAGUUGCAGCAUCAUCAGGAUUCCCAUUUAUCAGCAUGACCAGUUCCUCUUCCUCCAUGUCCAAUUGUUUUGAUCCAUAGGAUCGUUCUACACUCUUUUAACUAAUAUAUCUUUUUUUCUAUCUGAUUAUUGUAUACGACCAUAAAUUUGAUUCUUUCCUUAAUGAGUGAGAAAUAUUGGAAGUGUUUGUUCUAACUUCAAUUCGAAUUAUAUACCAAACUUGGUUAUCAUCACGAAGAAUUUGCACAUAAAAAAUAAAAUGAAAAGCUAUCU